AUGGUUACCCGAAAAUCCAGCUCACUAUUGAGCCUACAGCGCGUUGGUGCCCUAACUGCUCUAAUAAUUGGAAUCUACCAACUAAAGCCGGUUGUCGAAAAAAGGGUAACUCGAGCGGAGUAUGAACCUAAGUAUAAGGGUAUUGCUGAUGCGUACCAUGAGAUUCUGCAAAAAGAAAACCAAGGCUCGACUGUUGCGAUUUUGCAUCACGGGAAAUUGGUUUUCGAUAUGCAAGGUGGUUGGGCAGAUAUCGAAGCUGGCAGAGAAUGGUCAGAAGACAUAAUGACCGUCUCGUAUUCGUGCACAAAAUUGAUAGGAGCCCUCUCAAUUGCCACGCUGGUUUCAAGGGGACAUCUAGACUACCAUGAAAAGGUCACAAAAUAUUGGCCUGAAUUUGGGCAGCAUGGGAAAGAAAAUGUGACGGUUGAUCAAUUGGUGAACCACCAGGCUGGACUGAUCACAUUUGGAAAGGAUUUCACAUUGGCAGAAGCAAAAGAUGAUUUGUAUAUUUCGAGGUUAAUUGAAGAGAGCCGUCCACAUUGGAAGCCCGGACAGCAUAUCGGAUAUCAUGCACUGACUUAUGGAUUUUUGCUGGAUCAACUUUUCCAAAGAGCAGAUCCUCUGAAAAGGAAUAUCGCACAAUUUUAUGAGGAGGAAGUUAGAACAAACUCUGAAAAUGGUGAUUUUUAUCUGGGGUUGCCAAGAGAAUUAUUGCAUCGUAAAGCCCGAAUUUCUCCAACUUUAUUAUCACAAACACUGCUGAAUUUUGCUACACAUCCCUCUCUGACAAUGUCAGUAAUAGGCCAAAACGUUCGGCACGGAGGGCUGGCGUUUCUUUCUGCGGAUUCACCUCGUUUUAUGUCUGUAAUAAGAACGGACAUGCUCCCUUACAACAACAUUGAUGUGCUCGAGCUGCCAUCAAUUAGUGCCCUAGGCAUCGGAACAGCAGCUGGUUUUGCACAUGUUGUUCGACAAUUCUGGAUCGGCCAGGUCAUCCCGGAGACUUUUUGGAAGGGGUUGGAGGGCCCGGAAUUACAUGGUAUGGAUAUUGUGUUGGGUUUGGAACGCCAUAUGAAUCAUGGGUUUUAUUAUCGACCUAUUGAUGGGACUGAUAAGUACACAAUCGGCUUCACCGGCAAUGGUGGCCAGUUCAUCGAUAUCGACAAGGGGCGAGAUCUGAUCAUUGUCUUUCUAUGCAACGGCCUUCAAGGAGGUCUUGGCUCUUCACAAUACGAACAACUUCGUCAAAAGAUCCUCGAAGUUUUGGACUCGGAA